CGGCUCAGAAUGAAGGCCUUGGCGGCAGGAUUCCUGUCACUGCUGCUUGUUCUGCACUGGAGACCUGGGGCAGGGAACCCCCUUCUCAUCACUCCCAACAAGGCCACCUGCAUCACACGACACCCAUGUCCCAGCAACCUCAUGACCCAGAUCAGGAGCCAACUGAUGCAGCUCAACAGUAGUGCCAACGCCCUCUUCACCCUCUAUUACAAGGCCCAGGGCGAGCCGUUCCCCCGCCGCUUGGACAGGCUGUGUGGCCCCAACGUGACAGACUUUCCGCCCUUCCACGCUGACGGCAUGGAGAAGGACAAGCUGGUGGAACUCUACCGCAUCGUCGCCUACCUGGGUGCCUCUUUGGGCAACAUCACCAGGGACCAGAAGGCUCUCAACCCCAACGCCCAGGACCUCCACAGCAAGCUCAACGCCACGGCGGACACCCUGCGGGGGCUCCUCAGCAACGUGUUCUGCCACCUGUGUAACAAGUACCACGUGGGCCACGUGGACGUGUCCUACGGCCCCGACACCUCAGGCAAGGAGUCCUUCCAGAAGAAGAAGCUGGGCUGCCAGAUGCUGGGGAAGUACAAGCAGGUCAUCGCCGAGUUGGCCCAGGCUUUCUAG